AUGAUCAUAUUAUCAGUUUUUGCGAUAACAACUCCAUUUAUUCAUGCAUCGAAGAGAAUUUAUCGAAUACAGCGUCUGUUGAUCCUCCUAAGUGUGUUACUGGAUAUCACUGUAGGAAAUGAUCCUCCAAGACUUCAACCUAUUUCACUUCCUGAUAUGGUAUCCGUUGGCGAUAAAGUGAGAUCUUUGUGCGGUGUAAGAGGUGGUUCUAAACCAAUGACAUUUAGAUGGACGAAGGAUGGAAAUGAUAUAAAAAAUAUACCUCAAGUAACCGUGGAGGUAUUCGACGAUUAUACAACGCUUUCUAUUACUUCUGCCGCUAAAGAAAACAUGGGAAAUUACACAUGUACUGUCGAGAACGCAUUUGGAAAAGACGAAUGGACAUUUCCUCUAGUCAUUAAAGCCCCACCUUCAUGGGUUAGUGUACCUCAAGAUAUCAAAACAUCAGAAGAUAAAUCUGUUAUGUUUGAAUGCUCUGCAGAAGGACAUCCCAAACCUGUCAUAUCCUGGAUGAAAGAUGACACUUCAAUCCAAGAACCAAAAACUAUUGGAUUAAAUGAAGACUCAAUGACAUUGUUUCCCAAUGGCUCUCUCCUUAUUUCUCCUGUAAAAAGUCGUCAUGCUGGUACAUAUACAUGUACAGCAUCCAAUAAUGUAGAUCCUUCCUUAAAAUUUACAGUUUCUUUAGCUGUAAAUGGUAAGAUAUCUUUUAGGUACUCUUUUAUAGCAUUUGUGAUUUAG